AUGUCGCUGGCCGGAGGCAUGUGCAUCUCCGGCACUGGACUCCAGCCCCCUACUCCUCCGCGGGCCGGGGCAUCAAGACUCACGGUAUCCGCGGGCUUUCGGGGGUCCCUGGCCUCCGACAUCCAGGGUACCGCAACGGGUGGCGCCACCCGGGGGGUCCCGCGGACAGAUGGGGCAAAGGAGGCUGCGACCCCUCCAUCGCCUUACCCGCCGCGGCGACCAGCCGCUCGCUCCCGGUUAGUAGACAACGACGAGAUGCGUCAACGCGUACCUACUCCCUCGAGCGAGGAUCUCCCGUCGACAUUGUCGAUGGACGACGAGGUUGCCGAGUUGAUGGCGGAACUCGACGAGGAGAGAGGGGAGGAGGAAGAGCAGCAGCAGCCGAUAAGCGGCGACGAUAGCGGCGGCGGUGGCGACAAUGACGACGAUAACACCUCGUCGUUAUCGGAAUACAACGUCGCCGACGACGAUACCGAGGAGGAGAAGGAGGAGGAGGAGGAGGAAGAGCCUCCGCUCAAGAAACAGCGCAACAGCGGCAGCAGCGUUAAUAACAGCAACAGCAAUAGCGACAACAGCGCAGCAGCAACAAAACCAAUUAUGACAAUUCAUCCCUCAGGUCGGCCGGCCAAGAAAAUUUUGGCCUACUGGAUGCUCGACGAAGACGAGCAUCCAGACGCUGACAUAGAUGAUAAUGAUCCAGACGUGGAAGAGAAAAGCUAA